AUGCCCCCACGUCUCCUCAUCUCCUCAUGGCUCGGUGUUCACCCCGAAGUCCCCGAGGUCUACACUGCAUCAUCUGCCUUUUUUGAGGCCCUGUGGGAGAAUGGCGUCACUCAUGUUUUUGUCAAUCUGGGCUCCGAUCACCCCUCCAUCUUGGAGGCGAUGGCGAAAGCUCGAAAGGAAGGAAGCGAACAUUUUCCGAGGAUCAUUACUUGUCCGAAUGAGAUGGUGGCACUCUCCAUGGCAGAUGGCUAUGCUCGCUUAACUGGAAAACCGCAAGCCGUGAUCGUGCAUGUCGAUGUUGGCACACAAGGUCUCGGUGCCGCUGUACACAAUGCCUCCUGUGGCCGGGCCCCGGUCUUGAUCUUCGCGGGCCUGUCUCCGUACACCAUUGAAGGUGAGACGCGAGGCUCACGCACAGAGUAUAUUCACUGGAUUCAAGACGUACACGAUCAAAAGCAGAUUGUUUCACAGUAUUGUCGUUACUCGGGCGAGAUCAAAUCGGGCAAAAAUGUGAAGCAGAUGGUCAGUCGGGCCUUACAGUUUGCGUCCAGUCACCCUCAGGGUCCUGUCUAUCUGACGGGAGCACGAGAGGUCAUGGAAGAGGAGAUCCAGCCUUACAAACUCAAUCCAGCUCACUGGGGCCCCGUGGAGCCAGCCGCCUUACCUCACCAUGGGGUUGAACUCAUCACGAGUGAGCUGAUGACGGCCAAGAAUCCGCUCGUGAUUGUAGGCUACACUGGUCGAGACGCCCGGUCUGUGGCGGAAUUGGUGACCCUGGCAGACAGCUUCAAAGGAAUUCGGGUUUUGGAUACUGGGGGCAGUGAUAUGUGUUUUCCCGCCGACCAUCCUGCGUGGCUCGGUCUGCGCUAUCCUGGGCAUGAAGCUGUUGAGACAGCCGAUUUUAUUCUCGUGAUUGACUGUGAUGUGCCAUGGGUGCCAACGCAGUUUAAACCAUCCGACUCGGCCAGAAUCGUUCACAUUGACGUGGAUCCGCUGAAGCAGCAAAUGCCAGUCUUUUAUAUCCCUGCCAUGGCGACGUUCCGAGCAAAUUCCACGACGGCCCUCAGACAGCUCAACCAACACAUUUCGAGUACCGCGUCGCUUCAGCGAUUCAUGGCAUCCAGUGAAAACAAAGACAUGGGUCAAACUCGCGAAGAGCACUACACCAAGCGCCGUCAAGAAAUCUCCGAUCUGGCGGUCGUCCCUAAUCAGGGUGAAAAUGCGGAUUUGAAUAUCUCUUACCUCAUGGCACAAGUUCGAAAUGAAGUUCCAUCAGACGCUAUCUGGGCGGUUGAGGCUGUGACGCUGACACCUCAUGUUUCGGAUCAACAUGGCGGCUCCGGCAAAGGCAAAUUCGUUGUUCAAGUCGUUGGCGAUGGCACUUUUCUCUUCUCGGUGCCCGGCUCUGUGUAUUGGAUCGCCCGCCGAUAUGGUAUUCCCGUCUUGACUAUUGUUCUUAACAAUAAAGGAUGGAAUGCGCCCCGGCGAAGCAUGUUGCUUGUUCAUCCACACGGAGAUGGCUCGCGCGCAACAAACGAAGAUCUCAACAUCUCGUUUGCCCCCACGCCUGACUACGCAGGUAUUGCAAAGGCUGCCGCGGGUGGGGAAUUAUGGGCUGGCCGAGCUUGUACAGUUGCUGAGCUUGCGCAAAAGCUGCCAGAGGCGAUACAAAGCGUGAGAGAAGGGAAAGCGGCGGUUUUGGAAGCGCAGCUUGACGGGACGGCUGGCAAGUACGCCGAGCCUUGA